AUGAAGUUAACUUUCACAACUUUCGAUGUAAUGGUAUCUGUUUCGGAAAUAAGGAAUCGAAUCCUCGGUCAUAGAAUAAUCAAUGUAUAUGACGUGGAUAAUAAAACGUAUCUUUUAAAACUUAAUGGCACCCAGUCUGAGGAUAAGGCUAUAUUACUAUUGGAAUCUGGCUCUCGUAUCCACAUAACGGAUUUUGAAUGGCCAAAAAACAUGAUGCCUUCCGGGUUUUCUAUGAAACUCCGGAAGCACAUAAGGAACAAGAAAAUUGUUGACAUAACUCAGGUUGGAGCGGAUCGCAUUGUCGAUAUUCAGAUUGGUUUUGAGUCAUCUGCCUAUCAUUUAAUUGUGGAGCUGUAUGAUAAAGGAAAUAUGCUUCUUGCAGAUGAUUCCUAUACAAUCCUCCACUUACUUCGUCCACGAACUGAUAAAAGUCAAAAUAUUAGAUUCGCAGCUCAUGAAAAAUACCUCAUGGAUUCUUGUCGAAAAGUGUUAGACUGUUUUAAGGAUUUAAAUGAAGAGGAAUCUUUAAGUGAUAUCGAAAGCUUCCUCACUCCAUUAUUUCAAUCAUCUAAAGGACCAUGGACAUCUGAUGCACAAACGUGUGAAAAUCCUCCGAUUAACAAAACACUCUCUUUGGAGCUGCCUUAUGGGAAUAUUGUUAUAGAACAUUGUAUGCGUGUAGCACAAAAAGAAGUUAAACGCAUGAAAUGCAAUGAAGAUAAUUCCCAAUCAAAAUUUAUUGGAGUGGAUUUGAUGGGGCAGUACGUUAAGUUUUUUGCUACGGCCUUGAGAGCUAUUUUACUGAAAGCCUAUUCAGUCAAUCAAGCCACUCCAUGCGGUUAUAUAUUUGGGAAACCGGAUCCAUCUGCAGAAGGCUUACGAAGCUAUGAAGAAUUCCAACCAUUCAUUUUUGAACAGUAUGCUGGUAAGCCUCACAUAAUGUUUGAUAGUUUCAAUAAGGCAGUGGAUACUUACUAUUCAAAACUGGAAAGUCAGCGAACAUCAGAACAAAUCUUACGAAAUGAGCAGAAAGCCAACAAAAAAGUAGAAAAUAUUAAAAAGGACCAAGAACGUCGUUUGAUGGCAUUAAAAACUGAACAAGAAGCAAACAUGCAUUACGCCUAUUUACUAGAAGCUAAUCACCAGCUGGUGGACAACAUAAUUAUCAUGCUCAAUCAUGCAUUAUACAAUCAAUUAGAUUGGACAGAAUUGGAAUCAAUAGUUGAAGAGGCAAAACAACGUGGUGAUCCGUUGGCAUGGCGUAUUGUUGAAUUAAAACUAUUAUCAAAUCAAGCUGUUAUACUUUUAAAAGAUCCAUUUGAAGUAUCUAGUGAUGGUGAAAACACUGUCGAUUCAAGUAAAACGGAUUAUACACAAGUAACUAUAGAUCUCGAUUUGAAUGCUCUUAAUAAUGCUCGAAAAUAUUAUAAUAAAAAGCGGGUUGCCAGUAAAAAAGAAGAAAAAACUAUCAAUGCUUCACGCAAAGUUUUAAAGUCAGCCACACAUAAAGCUGAAAUAACUAGAAAGACUGCCAAAACCGUUGCACAAAUUACAGAAGUUCGUAAACCUAUGUGGUUUGAAAAAUUCUUUUGGUUCAUCAGUUCUGAAAAUUAUUUAAUUGUUUCUGGUCGUGAUUCACAACAAAAUGAAGUGUUGGUGAAGCGGUACUUAAAAUCUGGUGAUAUAUUUGUUCAUGCAGAUAUACACGGCGCUAGUACUGUCAUAGUGAAAGCUCGACAUCUUACCUCUGAAGAAAUAAGUUCUUCAAGAUAUCAAGAAGCAGGUAAUAUGGCUGUAGUACUGAGUUCUGCAUGGACAAGUCAUGUUCUAACAAGAGCUUGGUGGGUUCAUCAUCAUCAAGUGUCAAAAACAGCUCCCAGUGGUGAAUACUUGACAACCGGUGCAUUUAUGAUACGUGGCAAAAAAAACUAUUUGCCACCAUGUCCUUUUGAUUAUGGAUUCGGUAUAAUGUUCAAGUUACAUGAAGAUUCUAUAGCUAAGCAUAAAGGGGAGCGUCGUAUUAUCGUUUUGGAUACACCAUCUUCAGAACAACUGGAAGAUAAAAUGGAGAGAUUAACUUUGCAUAAUGAUGAAGAGAAUUCAGAAUUUCCAAAUACUAUUCUUCAGUUAGAUUUAGCAAAUGAUCUGUCCAAGUAA